AUGGACGUCAGGUUGCAGUUCGAGUCCAUUUGGGUUGUUGCCAUCGGCGGCAACGGCGGUCGUGCGAUGGUGAGAACGGCGGCGACGGUGCCUGCCCCGGGACGCACAGCUGACGAUGUGCACGACGACCGGAUCGUGACCGCAAAACAGGAAUUCGACUAUGAGAUGUUUACGAGGACGAGGACGAGGCGACGACGGCGGCGGUGGUGGUGGUGGCGCGAUCGUUCAGUGCGGUGCACUGGUCUCUCUGACAGACAGACAGACGGACUGACGGACGGACAGAUGGACAGACGGACGGACGGACGGAUGUUGAAAGAGACAAUAAGACAAAGUGUGACAAUGUGUGACACUGUUGUGUGUGUCCUGUUUACCCGCGACGGCGGCGGCGGCCGACACCCGCCCAUCCGCACCGGUUUAAAGAACUGA